AAAACUUAGAGUUCGGAAUUCACAUACGACUUUGUAAAGCUAUACGGAGCGUUGGAACUAUAUCUGUCGGAUUGUUUGUUGUCCGGUGGUCGGUAACUUAGUCAUAGUUAAAGUAAAUACCUUUUUAUCGACUCCACUUGAAGCUGUCCCUGACUGCCUACGCUAAGUAUCGCUAGUCACAGAACACGAACAUAGUAACCAUUGGAGAGUCGCUCGAUUCACGGUAAGGGAACCAGUGCUGAAUAUGAGCUGUCUUUCAGUUUCUUUACACCGACAAAAAGCGUUUACUUAAAUGUGAGUGAUAGCAAAGUGCACAAAGUAAUUUUUGUGAAAGCUUUCUGCCACAGAAGUCAAACAGGAUAAAAAUAACCGAGGAAAAGUGGGGUAGAUAUUGAUUUAUCAAGAAGUAUUUGAAUCAGGCACGAAUUCCGAAAAGACGAAAUGGAAUACUUUUAUUGCUAUACAGCUUACUACAGUGCUAUUUUAAAGUAAAUAAUCUGUUACUGAAAGGUAACUUUGAGUUAUCACUUAUCUUUCCAACGCCGUAAAAGAAAUGGCGAAUCUACUUUUGCUUUCAAUUUUCCUUCCGGUCUCUUCAUUUCUUCGGGCGGUGAUUUGUUUGUUUGAGUUGAUCGGUAUUCUCCGUAGGCUGAAUCGUCACAUAUACCAUGACAGGGUUCUUGGAACAACACCUCAAGAAUUAUUUUCUCUAAAACUGAGUUUUGAUCUCAAAACUUGUCAAUCCUCGAGGCCGUGUCACAAGUGUUCGUGUUUGUCAGGAGAUCGAUUGAACAGCAGUUUCUUAUUGCGUUAUGGUAAAUAUUAUACCAGACUGUGCCACAAGAAAGAACCUCGAAUGACUUUCAGCUGAAAGUGUGAUGUUUAUAUGUAAUCCUACAGGUUGGAGACAAAGAAAUUACAAUUUUCUAUCUUUUAAUUUUUUUCAGAAUUUUUCUUAGAACUUUCAGAGUUAAUCUGUUAAACUAGCAGCGUGACUCUUUCUGCGUUAAUGAAGCAACCUCAGAGUCGGUCACAUAUUUGCCAAAUGUUAUCGUUUCCAAAAAGCUUCUUGAAGUUAGCAGUAUUUUCUUACGUAUAGGCCAAAAAAUUCGGGAAAAAUAUAUUUCCAAUUUAAUUGAGAUAAAAAUUCAUUUGAUGUCGUAAACAGAGUAACGCAACAAUUAGCGGCCAGAACGACAAAAAUAUCCUACAGCUGAUGUAACCAGAAAAAGGUAAAAGAAGCAUAUCGUCAAUAACGAAAGAAAAUACAAGAUAUGAUGAUAGGAAAAUUUAUAUGUACAAGAUCAUCCAUUGCGUGGCUGAUAAGUGUACAUCUGCUUUACACAAAGCGUUAACUUUGAUCACAGGAGGUAAACAUUUCUGAGAAUUUGUAUUUUCCUGUGAAUUGAUAACGAUUGCUGUCGUUGAAAGCUAAGAAAUGCUGCUACUCGAUUGACUGAUGUUUUUAUCUAGCUUUUUCACUCAGAUUUUGUGGAUUUUCUUUUCAGCCGGGUAUUUUACAUCUCUAUCAAUACCUCAAGCUUUCCUUCCCCACUAUUUGAUAAUCAAGUUGUGUGAAAUUUAAAAAAAAUUGGAUUGCGUUAAGAUUCAUAAUUUUCGUUACGCUUCGAUCGAUUCAAUUUUACUUGGGGAACUGGACGCGUUUCUCCCUUUUUGUUUUAGUGUUUAAACAGUGGAGAUAGUUCGUGGAAAGAAAGCUCGUCAAAGAAGUGAAAGGGGAAGAUAAAGAUGGCGGUAAGCGUUCAUUUGUUGCAAUUAAUGUAUACACAGAAAAAAAUUAACUUUGAUAAGUGCAGUGGAGCAAACACUUUUGGCCACUAAUGACACAAGUUAAUUUUUCAAAAGACUGUAUCUGUAAUGGUGUAUGUCACACUGAAGGCAACUUCGUGCAGUGUUGUCUUUCGCGCGAGUCUCACGAAAAGAAAUAUUAUUAGUUAGCGAUGUGCCUCGGAAAUAGUGUUUCCAUUGUUCGUAUAUGUUGUUUAUCAGUUGCAUAUGUGAUAAUUUUGAAUACCUUGAACUAUGACAACAUGAUCGUAAUUGGCAAAUGCGAAAGAAUGAGCUGAAACUCUCCUGCAGCAGUAUUGCAUUUUUGGUCAAUCACGAGACAGUCAUCUUUCAUGAUGAAAGGUGACUAUUUAGUUAGUUUGCCGGCUUUUCUUUAUCUGUUAUCGCUAUUUUGAUCUGCAGUCAUGGAGUGCAUACCAGACUGAAAGUGAAGAAGAAGCUUUAGCCAAGGCAAUGCAACUUUCGCUUAUGGAAGAUGAAAAAUCGUCAAGAAAAGCGGUGAGUACAACUGUUGAACAUGCAGCAUUACUUCCACAUUAUUUUAUAGGCCAAAGUUCAUUCUACCAUCUUUAAUGGUUGUUCCCUGCAUUUUUUCAAAUGACACAAAGUUAGUUGUUAUUGGAAAGAUGUGUUGAAGUUAUUUACCUAAACGAAUGCCAAAUUUUCAAUGGCCAGCCUAGCUAAGGUUUUGGUCGCAAAACUUGAUGUCAAGGGAGUGUUGACAGAAUUGAUCACAAGAGCUAUCCUUAUCCACAGUCUUAUUUGAAACCACACCACUCCUCAUACAGAGGGGGCCAGAGUGCAGAUGGAUUAUAUCGGUAUCCUAGGUAUAUCACCGCCUUAAAUUUAUCUAUAUUUAAUCGAUCUUUGAGUUUUGAGUUAUCACUGGCUGUUGAGGUUUAGAGAGAUAAUUCUCAUGUGGCUGUGUUUGUGUUGACAGGAGUUCCCGAUUCACAUCGGCGAAGAGACACCAGAUGGCAGACUAUCAUCGAGAGAAGCCCCAUCGUCAUCCUCUUCUUCUCAUCAAAGACAACCCCAGAGAGAGGAGGCACGCCUUUUAAAAAGUGCUCACGGAGGUAUGUAAUGUAUUAUAAUUAACAUUUAUCAUGAACACUCAAAUUUGCAACGUAAUGAAGACAACUUUAGUGUUUUUUUAUUUGGUCUUGAAUAAUGAUUAUUAAUUAUAUUGGUUGAAGCUUGACACUUUUUUAAAAAGCUUUCCAACUUUAAAAGGACUUUAUUAAGGCACGAAUAGGGAUUUUUAGGCUUCACACAACAAGAAAAUUUAGGUUCCCAUGGGGAAUCGAACCCCAGUAAAUUUAACAAGUCAACAGUGGUUUAGCGUGUUCUGUACUCUUAUCGAAAACGAUAUUAAUCAUCACACUGGUCAAAAUUUUGUGGACACACGAAGCGCAGCCACAAAUCGACGUCAAAUGAAACGAUUCUUUCAGUUCGUUACCAUUGCGUGACACGUUGACGCCAACAGCGUUCUCUGUACUCUUAUCGAUAACGGCAAAUUGGCCAAUCGAAUUCUUACAUUACUGCCAUUUGUGGAAAAACGACAUUUUACUGUGUUUCUUUUUCUGCUGUGAAUUUUGGAAAUAAUUACGCCAGCCACUCUCGUAGAGAAACAAAUAUGAACGAAAAUAAUGUUAUUUUUGUUAGUAGGUCACUCAGCUGGAGCACUCCCACUCUGUCUUCCUAAUAACUAUCAGUGGAACUCUAAAACUCGCCAAUGCGUUAAAACAGAGGAGAAGCGUUCUUCAUUGUACUUUGUUGAAGACAGCCUUCGGGAACUGAGGAAAAUUAAAAGUACGGGUCUGUUCUCUAUCUCAGAUAAGAAAUACCCCAAAAUUUAAAAUAACCAGAGGAAAAGGGGAGGGCGCUGUGCCUGUUACCUGCAAGUCGUUCUGCUGCGAGUCUCACUAUAGACUACAACUUUUGCCUAAUUCUGUCGAAACUCCCCGCCCCCUCUCAAUCAGGUUGAGAGGUUUUUUACUUCAGGAGGUCCAAUUUUCCUGUUAACAACAAGGAAAACCUUCAAAAAAAAGGGGAAAGGAGGAAAUGUUUGAAACAUUGUGACGAAGAUUAUAAGUUCUAUUGUGAAAAAUAUUUACUACCAGGAUUUAAGAAUAAAGAUAGAAGAACGACAAAUUAGACCUUGAAACAAAUAAAGCAUACAUGAAUGAAUGUAAAAGCUGAUAAUAAGUUUGAUAAUGACGAUGGCGAUGAUGACGAUGGAAUAAUGAACUUUUAACGGCAAAACAAUUCUCUGGUCUGUUUACCAAAAAGAAGAAAUAUGCAACUAACCUUGUAGCAAUAAAAAUAAUUAUUAAACUAAUGUUAAUAAUAACAUUAAUUAGACCUAAAACGAUAAUGAUAAAAAUGAUGAUGAUGGUAAUAAAGCAUUUGCUUGUUUAGCUUGUGCUAUAUCAAUGACUCUCAGCGAGGGGCAAGGAAGAUGUACUUAUUUUAACCGAUAGUAAUCUGAUUAUAUAUAAAUACCAUUAAGGUUUAGAUUUCCUUAAUUGCUCUUUAGCUUUAUUUGAAAGAUUUCUGGACGAAUAAUAACAUUAAUUAGACGUAAAACGAUAAUGAUAAUAAUGAUAAAACCGAUGAUAAUGAUAACAAAAAUUUGCAUGUUUAGUUUAUUUAUUUUGAACUUAAGUGCAAGUUAGGUUGAUAAGUGACAUAUGCUUGUUUAAUUCUUUCAAUCCGAUAAAUUAAUACCGGCUAAUGUGGUAUUUUGUGGUUUACACUACCAAGUCUUUUUUCAAUCAUAAAAUUAAUUGGUCCUUGCCCUCUGUUAUGGUACAACAGGCCCAGUCUGCACCGUGUCCAUCGCUGGUCCGUACAGAAAAGGAAAGUCUUACAUUUUAAGCCAAAUCUUUGAUCAACCGGAGGUAUUCCCACUUGGGCACAAAAUGGUGGCGGAGACCAUGGGAAUCUGGAUGUGGAUCGUGCCUGAGAAAUAUAAGGUGUGAGCCAUAACCUUUGCUUUGGUAAUUGAGUGAAUCUUCCUUAUAAAAUUAACUAUACAUGUACUUAGGUUGCAAUGUUUAGAUUAUUCUGCUUGUGAAACCUAGACUGUGUGUCGAAACAAGGAACCUCUUGAAGUGGAUUACACCACCCUAUUAAGGGCAGCUGAAUUUUCCUGAGAAAAAGCACGUAGAUGGGUAGAAUUAACGGUAGACAUUGCAAACGUUAGCUAGAUGCGAAGACUUAAUGUGGUCUCAGGAACAUUUCCUGUACCUUUAUUUUCUCUACAAAACACAUGAUGGUCAUAUACACGGCACUUUUUUCGCUUUGUUGCUGAAGUUUUGUAAAGGAUCGGUGAGAUUUGUAAAGUUUGAUAUGCCACCUAUAGCAUAAUUCAAUUUUUUUUUCUUCAGAAAUUCUGAAUAACCAGUCUAGUCACAGCUGAUCAGUAGGAAAUUAGACUGAUUGUUCAAAUCGAAAAGACCCAAAAUCCAUUAUCCAAUUAAUCGCCCUCCUUCUCCCUAACCCUAUCCUCAGUUGUGAAGUCUCGCUCUUGAUGCAUGUCGGACACCAAAAGGCAGUUGCGCUAGCUUGCACGUCGUAACAUAGCUAAUGAUUUUCUUUGCCGCAUCCUGAAGCUUUUUGGAAUUUUUAUGAUCUAGGACGCAAGGGGCAGGGAGAUUACAGUAGUGCUGUUGGAUUCAGAAGGGAUUGACGCUGCCUCCGGUGUAGGCCGUGACGAUAAUCAGAUAUUUACUUUAACUGUUCUUUUGGCCUCCGUGCUCAUUUAUAACUCAAGCAGUGUCCCCACAAGGCGUGAUCUCGAGGGUCUCGAGUAUCCUUGCUAUAUCAAACUUUUAAUUGUCUAAUUACUACAGGUGUUGCCAAUAAUACGCGCUCUGUGCAUUCUUUGUUUUUUUUUUUCUUGCGUCCAAAAACUUCUAGUUCGCUUCUGGGACAAAAAUCCUGGUACGUGAUGUACGAUUACUGAUAGCAAUAGAGCAGUAUUCAAUAAGUGUCGAAAAUGGAAAUGCAUGGUUCUUGCCAUACUACUGUCUGUGAUUGUUCCAAAACAACCGCGCCAAAAUCUCAACCGAUCAGAUUCAAAACCAAAACCCGUCACGACUGAGUCACCCGUUUCUUUAUCGCGCUUCAUGCUGUUUGCUUGUUCUUACUUUGAGUUCUCAUUAGCUCCUUUCUCCUUUGUUCAGAUUACCGCAUUAUUAUUCUGCGUUUGGUCAUAAGACACUGAAAUGUGUUGUGCUAUAUCAUUAUCUCUCAACGAGGGGCAGAGAAGGUGUACUUAUUUUAAACGUUAGUAUUCUUAUUAUAUAUAAAUGUCAUUAAAGUUGAGAUUUCCUUAAUUUCUCUUUAGCUUUAUUUCAAAGCUUUCUGGACGAAUUCACGCGCGAUCCGACAGGGGAGCGACUCUUCACCAAAACGAGACAGAAUUCUUUCACAGAACGUUUCCUUUCUUUAUUUGGUUGCUGAGGGAUGUAACGCAAGCUGUGCCAGAAGAUUGUAAGGACAUAAAGGAUUACUUUUUGAAAAAGAUUAGAAUCCAAACCGUUUAAAAUUAUCACGAUUUAGAUAUAACUAUCGAUUGAACUUCGUGUUCAGAAUUGUGAACUUACUUGGGUAGUUAUCGAAAAAUUCGUUUUUUUUAACUUGAGUUCUUUGAAAAGCACAGAUUUGUCUCACUACUUGAUAUACAAAUUUAGUUUGUUUCAUUACUCAUUUUCCGAGUACAGGUGUUAAUGGCCAUUUUGACUUAUGUAUUUAUCGAUUUUGGCCUCUCAUGGAGGAUAUUCCUCAUAUCUGGUAUCUACAUAUUAUUAACAAUGGACGAGAAUAGUUCAAUUCCCAAAUAUUGUCACCACAGCAUCCGAUGGGUGGAGAUUGGUACUCGUAUGAUUAACUUUGUGGUGAAUAUUACUUUCCUAGAAUGUAAUUAGUUUGAUAGAUUGUUAAUUGAUAAUUGCUUCACACAGGUUUUCCGUCAGGAGGAUUCCGGAAGUGAGAGUCAGAAGAGUCAGAAGGUGGCUGAGGGCAUCUUAGGAUUCUUUCCUGGUUUUGAAGCGUUUUCCCUACCUCCUCCUACAGCUGAUGAAGAGAUAAUGAGAACUAUCUGCGAGAAUAAGGAUCAGUUACAGGCAAAAUUUUUGCGCCAAUUGGAGGACUUUAAAUACUUGAUUAAGUCCAUACUGGUCCCAAAACACAGUUACACUGAAGGAGAGCUCGUCACUGGGGAAGGUACGUGUUUUUAUACGCCUUUGUUUCUUUGCUUUAGAAAUGUUUAACAAUAAUAACGUGUCUCAUUAAAAACAGUGAAUGGAAUAAGUUGGGGUCAUAUUGGAUUCAUGAAUGAAAACUGUAAUAGUUGCCAAAUGAAGGGAACAGCAAUGAAAGUACUUAUUGACAAACCAAUGAUUGCUUUGUCGUAGGUCUAGCCGCUUUGGUAACCCAGUACGUUGAUGCAAUCAACACCCCUGGCUUUGUGCCCAAUGUACAAGGUGCUUGGGACCUGUUUGUAGAAACAAAAUGUUUUGAAACCAAAAAAGUUUGCGAGCAGAAAUAUGACGAGCUUAUGACCUUACAACUGUCUGAAGUUUUGCCAUGUGAUAAUGACGAAAUACGUGCCUAUCACAACUCCGCACUGGAGGAAACUGAAGAACUGCUCUUGAGGGAGAUGAUCGGCAUUUCAACGAAUACUGUAGAGAAGCAACUGAGGCAACUUAAGGUGAAGCUCCUCAGCUUUAACUAUGACUAUAAGAUACAGGCUUAAGACGUAUUUAUAAUUAGCAUCAGUAGCUCCCUUAUCCAAGUCAAUGCUUGGGGGGAGGUGGGGGGCAGGCCAAUAUCACUUGACUCUUCUGUCUCAAGUUCAUUGAGCAGUUUCCUCGCAAGGGGAAAAUUGUAACCUUACGGGAGAAGUGUGGUAUUUAGGUAAUUUACACAAAAGUCACCUGAACUUGGCUGCAGGGACUUGCUGUGAGGGUAAUGUAAGCCAACUUUGCUUAGCAAUCUUGUUAAGCCUUCACCUCCCAUGAGUCACAAGGGGAGAAUUUCUCCUUACAAUAUCAAUAUAUUAUCAAGCAGACAAGCGAUGAGAAUAAAGUAAAAUAUCAAUUAGGGGAUUAUUGCUCAAUGCAAUACCAAAUUUUCCAAAUUGACAUCAGAAGAAUUGUGUGAUAGACAGUAAGGAGAAUUACUAAUGAGAUCUUGGAAAUUGGAGGGUUAAGCCAGUAGUGAACUUAUUCCAGGAGUCAGUCUUUUUAAACAAUGUAACGAUUUCCCUCGCAUUGUAAUAUAUAUUGGGUUGCUUUAGAGGUGUGCAUUCUCUACCUUUAAACUUAAUUUUUAAUUGUUUUAUUUUUUCUUCAUACGAUGUAAUUUCAGACGUCCUUCAGCCGACGGUUGAACGUGUGGCAGACGAAGAAUUCAAAAUUAACGAAACAGUUAUGUGAAAAUCUUCUGUUGAAACUAAAAGCAAAACACUUAGAUCCAGUCAUCGAGCAGCUGCAGGAAGAGAUGGCUCGAAAUUAUCAUUUGAUGACAUCCUGAGAGUUUACCGACAUAUCAAAGACGACUACGAUGUAAAAGCAAAGGGUGCUAAAGAUGCCAUUGCUGAUGCGUUUGCCGAUUUUCAUCCCGUAAGAAAACAUUAUUUCCAAUUAUUAGUUUGUUGAUGCAGAUUCAUAUCCUGAAUGGAAAUAAGGGCAUUUUCUCCACUUCAAAGAAGAGCCAAAUUGACGGAUAUUGUACCGACUGCAAAGUAAAACAAAAAUUUUUCAAACGAAUGUUGAAAUUUAUUCAUUUUAAUGGAAUGCCUGUUGGUGAACAGCUACCAAAUUCUGCUUUACACCAAGGCCACUUAAAAAGACCGAGAUUGACAAAUCAUCAUAACGUUAGUAUGGGCUGCUUUUUAAAAACGAAUACUGUUUGGCACUUCCAAAUUUUUUUUUUGAACUUGCAGAAAAUGUUUUGGACCUGAUCUGAUCAAAAGUGUAUGGUUUUUCAUUGAAAUACAAGUUCAUGCUGUGUUAUGUUAUAUGCCAAAUUGUUCUUCGACAUUUAAGAGGUUUCUUAUUUCCGGAUGGGAGCUGAACGUUACAGGCGAUGUGCGCAUCUCAACUAAUCGAUGUUCUUCUGCUAUAUAUUUUACUAAUUCCCUCCUAGAAAAUAGCAGCGGAAACAAAGCAAUACAUUAGUGUCCUAAGGCAGCUAAAAGAUUUCGACGAACGUGCAGCGAAAGACCUGGCAGCCAAAGCUUACAUGGAGAGGGAAAGGAGACGACUUGAGGUAAGUUAGUGGGAUGAUAAUAUUGCGGAAAAGUCAGUAUGGUGAGACUAGCGUUUAAAAAGGGUCGAAAUGCUCCGAUGGACUGAAUAAAACCCGACAGAAAUGCAAAGCCUAACAGUAGUUACUUGAGACUGGGCGGUGAGUUGUGCGUGCUCCUAUAAAACUAACCUUACGGUUGACUGCGACAAACUAAACUUUGUUUCUGUUACGUUUUUUUUUUUUCAGGAAGAGCGGAUUCGCUUAGAGCAAGAAAAUCAAGAACAAGAGAAGGAGGUAUACCGUCUUUUUAGCUUAGUUUUAAUAUAUCAUUGUUUACUUAAUACGUUAUAAAUAUGUUGUUAUUUAAAGGGAGAAAAAUAACAAAUAGUUACAAUUUUGAGUAAUUUUAUCGCGAAAUGCAAAAGAACUGACUUUCAAAGUACUGGCUCUUCACCAUCCCCUCUUUCGUAGUUGGAAAAUAUUAUAAUGCAUCCAUCUUUUCUCCGAAAAUAAAGUCCUUGGUCAGCGCUGCAUAUAUCAGGAUUGGUCAACAAGGAGUGACCAUGUUUGAGACUUUUACCUUAACUUUCCUCGUUAGUACACUUAGCAGUAAGAUCGUCUUUUUCUGUUUGCUAAGAUGAUAAUGCUGAUUACCAGAUCAGAAGAAGAAAGAGCUGGAAUGCGAGAGGAAAUGAGAAAUGAGAUGGAACUGGAGCAAGGACAAUUGCAGAAUAUGAGGGAGGCAGGCUUAGGGGAAGCUGAGCUGAAACGAGAUGCUUUCAUCCAAGAGAAACAUGUCCUAGAGGAGCGGUUACUGCAAAUGCAAAAGAAAAACGAGGAACAUAUGAAGAUGAUGAAAAGGUUGUCAGAAAUGAUCGCCAAACACCAAAGGGAGAAAAUAGAGCUUCGUGAACGAAUAAAAGAACGUCCUCAGGGAGAGAUCGAAGAGUCCUUGAAGGAACUAAGACGAAGGCAAUCAGAAGAGGAAAAUGAACUCCUAAAGAAGAUGGAUAGUCUUCAACACGACAACCUUUUAAGAGGAAAAGAAGAUUUUUGCGCCGAAACGAAAGAUGACGAAUGUGCCAAGAAGCUGGAGGAGGUUCCUGAGAUGAUGGCCUCGAGGGCUCAAAUGGUUGGCGAUCUAAGGAAAAGAAUGGAAGAAAACGAAGAAGAGCAAGAAUCACUUGUCAAGAUGGUCCUUCGUGGUAUAGCAAACGUUAGUCCUGCGGUUGGGAAAUUAAUGGCCCUUUAUCCUCCAGCGCAACCUUACGCUGAAGCAGUCGGCAACGGUAUCGCUGAUUUUGCUGAUGCUUUGUCGAAAGUUGACUGCCUUAUCAUGUGAUGAAGAACACCGCAGUUGCUACCGGACAUGAAAUGUGUCUUACAUUUUAUAGAAAAAUGUUUUUGGUAAUUUUACUAAUCACCACUUAACCGUAGGCAUAGCUGAUAUAUAAACGAUUAGCUAGACCUUUUACUGUCAAGUCCGAGAGGGGUUCUCAUCCUUAAAACAUGGCCCCUUUUCCGUCGCAAUGUUUCAUCAGCUUCAAAUGUGUAACAGCGAAACUUAAAUUGCUUAUUUUGCAAUUGCGGGAAAUUUCGCUGUGGCAACUAAACUUGAGUCAGUAAAGUCCAAUAAGGAUUACAUUUGUAUUUAUUUUUUAUUGACUUAUUCGUAUUACUAGCCUUUUAUCAUUCCCAAAAUGUUUGAGACAACAAGAAAAGGAUAUACGCUGUGGCUUGCGGUGAUACUCUGUUGUAUCUUGAGACUAAGCUUAAGCCGUAUCCUGUAAAAAUGAAGAAAAAUAUUUUUCCGUAAGAUUAUGAAGCCCAUUCUAAUGUGAGAUUCAUGAAAGAUGCACACCGUUCAUAGGCCCAUGUCCAUGAAAAUAUGUUAAGGGCCGACCCAAAUAGCUUUUCUUGUCUAAAGUGUAAAGUUAUCACUGGAAUAUUAUUGUAGAAGAGGCAAACGCUGUGCUUUGAACGAGCAAAUUUAUUUUUCGUCUCAAGGUGACUGAAAUUUUUUGCUAACGAUUAAUUCUGGGAUUUUACAAUCAAACAGUAGAUUAAAAACAAAGGAGGAG